CUAGCGACUAGGGCUUUCAUCUUUCUCACUCUACCGCCAUAGCAGAGUAGGAGAGAGAGAGAAUGGUGCAGAGGCUGACGUACCGUUCGCGCCACAGCUAUGCUACCAAGUCUAAUCAACACCGGAUCGUCAAAACUCCGGGUGGGAAGCUUGUCUAUCAGACCACUAAGAAGAGAGCUAGUGGACCCAAGUGUCCUGUUACUGGAAAGAGAAUCCAAGGGAUUCCUCACUUGAGACCUGCUGAAUAUAAGAGGUCUAGACUAUCAAGGAACAGGAGGACUGUGAAUCGUGCCUAUGGUGGUGUUCUUUCUGGUGGAGCUGUGAGAGAGAGGAUAAUUCGAGCCUUUUUGGUGGAAGAGCAGAAGAUAGUGAAGAAGGUUUUAAAGAUUCAGAAGGCCAAAGAAAGGGCGGCAUCAAAGAGCUAAGAUGCCAUAUAGUUACUGUUUUCAUAUUUGUUGAUCUGCAUGCUAUAAAUUUUGACAUUUAUUUGAGAGGAUGACGACUAUUGGAACACUGUUUGUUUUCAUGAAAUUCAGACAAAACUUUUGAACUACUUGCCCCCAGAGUGUUUGCUAUGUUAUGUGAUAUAACAAGUCUGCUUCUGCUUAUUAUCUC